AAAAUUUAGUUCGUUGUCCGUUCAUGAAUAUUCAUGACAUGUGACCAUUCGUUUGCACUUAAAACCCGUGCGGUCAUCUUUCUGACCAUCGACUCUCGCUAUAGCCUAAAGAAGAGACACGUGUAUUAUGUCUGAAGAAGAAAUUUCGGUAGUUGAACAAAUGGACGAAAGUCAACUUUUAAAAGAAGACGACAGUGAUCUUUCAACAGCUGAUGCAGUUUCUUUAUUUAAUAGUUCUUUGAAUAAAGCUCUACAAAGACAGAAAAGUGAAAUUUUGUCGGAGUUCAAGAAGACACAAGUAAGCUCUGUAAAUUCAAAUACACGCACUAUCACCAGCGGUCAAUCCUCUACUAUUGCUUCCCAGCCUCCGGUUUUUGAUUUUAGACAAGAAGGGAUUAAGAUUCAGUUCAAUUUCAACACUGACCGUAUUUCAGCUUUGAGAAGAAUUGAACAUUUGCUAAAUUCCGAGUCACUCAACCAAACACUUGAUCUACAGUCUAUUGUUAAAACUGAACUUGACACUUUAAGCCAGCGCAAUAAGAUUUUGAAAAUUGCAGAUCGCCAUGGGUGGGAUACCGUUCAUGAAUAUCUGGACGAUCCUCUUGCUGACAGUGUUGAAGAUGCUUCAAAACUACGAACUGCCGUUUUCAGAGCUACCCGUAAGCGUACAGUUAACAAGCCUUACAGCGGAGGUGGUGGCAGAGGAGGCUUUAAUGCUAGAGACUUUUUUCGUGGCUUCAGCAAAGAAUCUAGGCCCAGAAAUGACAACUACAGUCAGCAAAACAACUUCCAGCAGCAGUACAACGACGGACUGUGCUUUUACUGUAAAAGGCCAGGUCACACUGCCCGAUUCUGUCCCUACAAACGACGUACAUUCAGCAGUACCAAGUCAGCACCAGCCACUAUUACAAGUGCACCACCCCUGUCUUAAUGAAAAAGGCAGUGUAACAUGGAGGGAAAUUUCUCAGUUUGCGGAUUCAAAUCAACAAUUUAUUGGAUGUGAAAAAAGCAUUUUCAAUAUUGUGAGAAGCAGUAAAGCAAUUUCUACAAAUAAAAAGUAUGAUGUGUAUUUCAAAAAAUUUAAAGAAUGGUGUGUUACAUAUAAAGUUAUUCCGUUGCCCGCAAGUGUAUCAUCUGUUGCAGUUUAUAUUAGUGGCCUUGUACAGCAAUCCGUAUCUGAGUCAGUUUUAUUAGCUCAUUUUUAUAGCAUAAAGUGGUAUCAUGAUUUCAAUUUAGUGUAUAAUCCGUGCGAAGACAAGCUUAUUCAGAUGAUGAUUGAAGGAGCGAAGAAAAUCCUUGGUAAACCAAUAUUGAAAAAAGAAUCAAUUACAGCAGAUCAUUUACAGAAGAUAGUAGACAAAAUUGGCAUUGAUCGUUCUCAUUUGCCGAAUGUUAGAAUUUGUACAAUGAUGUUAGUUGGUUAUGCAGGAUUUUUACGCUACAGUGAGAUUGCAAAUUUAAAGAUGUCUAACAUAAAAAUUUUUGACACUUAUGUUUCUUUGAAUAUUGAAUCCGGGAAAACUGAUAUAUAUAGAAGGGAAAAUAAUGUUAUAAUUUCUAGAACAAAUUUGUCUACCUGUCCAGUAGUCUGGUUAUUGACAUACAUUAAUUUAGCUAAACUGUCUUCAGAUUCUGAUGAAUAUGUUCAUGUGUUUUCCGUUCUGUUAGAUUUUUGA